AUGUCUUCAAACAAUCUUGCAGUGCUCAAUGCCCUUGACUCUGCACGUACCCAAUGGUACCACGUCACGGCCAUCGUCAUUGCCGGAAUGGGCUUCUUCACAGAUGCUUAUGAUCUUUUCUGUAUCUCCACUGUCUCCAAGCUCUUGGGUCGCCUUUAUUACUAUGACACUGCGAGCCACAAGCCCGGAAAGCUCCCUCAGCAAGUUAACAACUUCGUUGUUGGUGUUGCCCUAGUAGGAACCCUAACCGGGCAGCUGGUCUUUGGCUGGCUUGGGGACAAGCUUGGCCGGAAAAAAGUCUACGGUGUCACCCUCAUUCUCAUGGUCGUCUGUGCCAUUUGCUCCGGCUUAUCUUUCGGCUCCUCGCCUAAAUCUGUCAUAACAACCCUAUGUUUCUUCAGGUUUUGGCUAGGGUUUGGCAUUGGAGGAGAUUAUCCACUCUCAGCCACCAUCAUGUCGGAGUAUGCUAACAAGAAGACUCGAGGGAAGUUCAUUGCCGCGGUCUUUGCCAUGCAAGGAGUGGGUAUCAUCUUCGCCGGAUUAGUGUCCAUGACUCUUUCCAGGAUCUUCCUUAGCUAUUAUGAAGGUCCGACAUUCACUGAGAAUCGUAUUCUCUCAACCGAGCCGGAGGGGGACUACAUGUGGCGGAUUGUGUUGAUGCUCGGAGCUCUUCCAGCACUGCUGACAUACUACUGGAGGAUUAAAAUGCCCGAAACCGGCCGUUACACUGCUCUCAUAGAAGGAAAUGCUAAACAAGCAGCUAUUGAUAUGGGUCGGGUUCUGAAAAUUGAUAUCCAAGCAGAUGGUGAGAAGUUGAGUCAGUUUAAGGCCUCUAAUGACUACACACUACUCUCCAAGGAGUUCUUCCGUCGACAUGGACUUCACUUAAUAGGUACCAUGAGCACAUGGUUCUUGUUGGACAUAGCCUUCUAUAGCCAAAACCUAGCUCAGAAGGAUAUCUUUCCGGUUAUGGGUCUCACCAAAAAAGAUACUGAUGUGAGUGCUCUCAGAGAGGUGUUUGAGACUUCACGUGCCAUGUUCGUGGUUGCCUUGCUCGGAACCUUCCCCGGCUACUGGUUCACCGUGGUUUUCAUCGAAAGCAUUGGCCGGUUCUACAUUCAACUAAUAGGGUUCUUCAUGAUGUCUGUCUUCAUGCUUAUUAUGGGGAUCCAAUAUGAAUACCUUAAGAAAGAGGCGCAUAAAUGGGUUUUUGCAACUUUAUAUGGACUCACCUUCUUCUUUGCCAAUUUCGGUCCGAACAGUACCACUUUCGUGCUUCCAGCGGAGCUGUUUCCAACGCGGCUGAGGUCGACAUGUCACGCAUUGAGCGCUGCCGCUGGGAAGGCCGGGGCGAUGAUUGGUGCGUUCGGGGUGCAGAGCUACACAUUGAGUGGGAACCCUAAAAAAAUUAAGCAUGCCAUGAUGGUGCUGUCAUUCACAAACAUGCUAGGGUUUUGUUGCACAUUCUUGGUGACCGAGACUAAAGGGCGAUCGUUGGAGGAAAUCUCAGGGGAGGAUGGCAGCAAGAAUGAAACUCAGAUGACCAACAGGCCGGCCGUCAGUGAGUAGUGCUUGCCCAUGAGCCUCAUUGGAUUGAGACUAGUGAAUGAAAUUAUCAAAGAAUGUAGUUCUUUUUGCUUAUUAUUUGGAGUUUUAUUUUUAUUUUUUUUAUAUUUUUUUUUAAUCUAUAUUGUUGUUAAAGACCGUUUUCUCUCACAUAAUUUGAGUCCGUCCCUGCUUGAGGAGGUCGAUCUUAUUCCCAACUCUAGCAAGUGCCCUAGCACAUGCAAGUACUACUGAAUAAUUGAGGGCAAGGUCUGUUGUUGUGGGACAUUUUUGUCAUUGUAAUUGUUUUCAAAAUUAUAAUAAUAAUAAUAAUAAUUACUUUUCAAAAUUAUAAUAAUAAUAAUUAAAUGUUGUCAUUGUUUAUGGGUUGGAUUAUAUAUACGGUUACUGUUUAUGCAAUUCUUCACAAAAAAAAAAAAAAAAAAAAAAAAAAGUCCUUUCCAUUUUCUAGUAAUUUGAACCUAACCACCUGAUUGAUAGAGUUCUUGAUACUUUGGAUUGGUUGAUUUCCUUUUCAAAGUCAUGUUUGUUG